CUUUCUCAUUUCUUGAUUUCUUUCUCCAUCAAGCACGCAAGCAGGCUACCCAGGAUUUGGCGUAGCACCAUAUACACACGGGAGAUGUACAUAAAGAGGCGAGCGAGAGAGAGAGAGAGAGGUGCGUCGGGGAUUGGGACAAUCGCGUUGAUACUGUAAAGUCUCUGUAUCAUCAAUCCACCAUCUUCAAUCAAACGCGGAGGGAAGAGAAACAGGAAGAAAACACAGAGACAAUAAAAAGAAGGGUUGUAAUCAAACAUCUCAAUUUCACCUUAUAGUUCUACCACAGUUUGGUAGGUGAGAGCAAGAAGGAACGAACGCACAGUCAGAGAGAGAGAGAGAGAGUAGAGAUCGCAAACUCAAAAGCCAAGGCGAUCGGAUUCCGCCGGAAGAAAACCGAUGAGUUCAUAGUGCUUCAAUUGGGUUUUCUUUAUUUAUUUAUUUUAUAUAUGUAAGUGAGUAUAUCUCCCUUGAUUUUCCCUUAUCCUUCUUCGCUCUGUUAUUAUGCAUGCAAAGCCAGUAUAGCUCUAGAAUCAACUAUACAUGGGGCAUAAGAAGCGAAACCCUGCUUUACGCUCCAAACCAAUUACUGCUGCUCCGGCGGUUCCUUCCGAUACCGCCGCCGCCGUCACCGACGGUUGUUUGGUUCCGGUUGAAAAUGACCGCUUGCUGAAUCUUGAUGCUCCCGAUGACUCCCGUCCUGAGCAGACUAAGAUCGAAGCCGUUUCCUCCCCCGAAUCAGAUGUUUCCUCCUACUCUGCAGUCAAGCUUGAAUGCGAGCGAGCCCUCAAUGCUCUCCGCCGCGGGAACCACACCAAGGCCCUAAGACUGCUGAAAGAGUCGUGCCAACGCCACCAGGGUUCUGCUCUUCUGCACCGCGUCCAGGGCACUGUCUGUGUUAAGGUGGCUUCCUUGAUUGAGGACCCCAAUGCCAAGCAGAGGCACCUUAAGAACGCAAUUGAGUCUGCUCGCCUUGCCGUUGAACUCUCUCCCAACUCCAUUGAGUUCGCUCACUUCUAUGCCAAUCUGCUCUGCGAGGCUUCCAAUGACGCUAGGGGUUACGAGGAGGUUAUACAGGAAUGUGAGCGUGCUCUCUCGAUUCAGAAUCCGGUUGAUCCCGCCAAGGAGAGCUUGCAAGAUGAGAGCCAGCAGAAGUAUCCCACCCCCGAGGCUCGGAUCGCCCAUGCCCAGCAGGAGGUUCGCGCGGUUAUUCAGAAAGCCAACCUUGGUUCGAUUUCUACGUGGAUGAAGAAUCUGGGCAACGGGGCUGGCGAGGAUAAGUUCCGUAUCAUCCCAAUGAGGCGGAUUUCUGAAGACCCCAUGGAAGUCAGGCUGGUCCAGACUAGGCGGCCCAAUGAAAUAAAGAAGGCAACUAAGACACCCGAAGAACGGAGGAAGGAGAUUGAGGUUCGUGUUGCCGCUGCGAGGCUGUUGCAGCAGAAAUCAGAUUCGCCCCAUUCACAGACUGAGGACGAUAGGGCCUCAGAAUCAUCUUCCGGAGCUCACCGAAUGGGAGAGCGUCGUAAAUAUGCUAACUUGCGGAAGAUUGCCUCAUCCGCAGACAGGAUGGAUCAAAUUCGAUCUUAUUGGAACUCCACGAGUCCUGAUAAGAAGCACAGUUUACUAGUAGUGAGUGUUCAUGAUCUCAGGGGUCAUUUCAGCUCAACCAAGGAUGGUUUGGGAUCGGAGAUCCUUUCAGAAGCACUAUCUUUUGCUGAGGCCAAUAAGACAUGGAAGUUCUGGGUGUGCUGCCGCUGCAAUGAGAAAUUCAUUGACUGCGAAUCACACAUGCAACAUGUUGUACGGGAACACAUGGGAAACCUCUCUUCUAAGUUGCAGUCUAUCUUACCUCAAGAAGUUGACACUGAGUGGGUGGAGAUGCUUCUAAAUGGUUCAUGGAAACCGGUGGAUGCCUCUGCUGCAUUGAAGAUUCUUGAAUAUCAGUCGAAAAUUGGUGGCUCUGAUAACGCGAAUUGUACAGACAGGAAUAAGCAGGAAAGUUUGCUCGAUAAUUGGUGCUCAGAUGGUAAAUGGAAUUCUUCUCCUGAUGAGGAGAAUCCACAACCAUUGCAAGAAUAUACUGGGGCAGGAGAGAUUUGCAAUGGAAGUCCCUUUGGAUGUAAGAACCAUGAUGACAGUUCCAACUAUGAAUUAAGGGAAUUCAAUGGAAACCAAUGGUCUAAGGAAUGUACUUUUUCCCAGAGCUGGCCAUUGUCCGAUGAUUCUGAACGUGCAAAACUCCUUGAGAGAAUAAGUGGCAUGUUCCAAUUGCUUCUUAGACAUAAGUGUCUUGCAGCUAGCCAUCUUAACAAGGUGAUACAGUACACAAUGGAGGAGCUUCAGGGUCUUGCUCCGGGUUCACGGCUUUUGAACCAUGGUUUGGACCAAACACCUAUCUGUAUCUGCUUCCUGGGAGCCUCCCAGCUUAUAAAAAUCCUCAAAUUCUUGCAGGAGCUUUCUCAUUCUUGUGGUGUAGGGAGAUGUUCUGAGAAAACUAUGGAUGAUUCAUGUAGUGGCACCCUGGGGAUUGAAAUCAAGGAGAAGAUUGUUCUCACGGGUGAUUCGUCUUCUCUCCUUCUGGAUGAUCGCUUACUGUGGGGUGGGCUUACUCCCAGCACAUACCAUGAUGCUCCAGCAGAUGAUGGUGCUGCAGCAACUUCCCUUCUUGUUGGUGAUCAUGAAGAUGUGGGACUGCCCGAAAAUGAAGCAUUAUUAUCAUGGAUAUUUACAGGUCCAUCGUGUGGUGAGCAACUGACAUCUUGGACACGCCUGAGAGAAGAGAAAACACAACAAGGCUUGGAAAUUCUCCAGAUGCUAGAGAAGGACUUCUAUCUCUUACAGAGUUUCUGUGAGAGAAAAGGUGAGCACUUGAGCUAUGAGGAAGCUCUGCAGGCAGUUGAAACUCUCUGUCUUGAAGAAGUUAAGAAAAGGGAGCAUGUCACAAAAUUUGUGCCUUGUAGUUAUGAAACCAUCCUGAGGAAGCGGCAAGAAGAGCUUGCGGAAAGGGACAAUGAUGUGAUGCUCAUAAGUAGUAGAUUUGAGUUGGAUGCUAUAUCAAAUGUCCUCAAGGAAGCACAGAGUCUUAAUGUUACUCCCUUCGGCUAUGAGGAAACUUUUACUGGUGCGGCUUCUCGUUUGUGUGAUUUGGAAGGUGGUGAAGAUGAUGACUGGAGAAUGCAGGACUACAUGCACCAAGCAGACACUUGCAUUGAGGCGGCAAUUCAGAGACAGAAAGAACAGUUGUCUGUAGAGCUUAGUAAAAUUGAUGCAAGGAUCAUGAAGAAUGUCACUGGCAUGCAGCAGUCGGAGCUUAAGCUUGGGCCUUUCUCAGCAUUUGAUUACCGGGCAAUUAUGUUGCCUAUUAUGAAGUCAUUCAUGCGGUCACAUUUGGAGGAUUUGGUAGAUAAAGAUGCUACAGAGAAGUCUGAUGCUGCUAGAGAAGCAUUUUUAGAAGAACUUGCACUUGAUGCCCAGAACACAAACAGAGGAGGUGAUCACUCGAAACAGAUACAGGACAAAUUGAAGGAUAAGAAAAAGAACAAGGAUUACAGAAAGGCUAAGGAGUUAAAGGCUACUGGUGAUAGUGAGCAGCUUCUCCUUCAUCAGGAAACUGCUGAACAGAUUUCCUCUCCUGUUGCAUCUGGUGAAAGUCAUCAAGAUUCUGAGAUUUCUGUUUCUGUAAAUAGUGAUGCCUUAAGACAACAGGAGGAGGAAUUUAGAUGCAAAAUUGAGCUUGAAGCUGAGGAGAGAAAGCUUGAAGAAACUUUGGAGUACCAAAGGCGAAUUGAAAAUGAGGCCAAACAAAAGCACCUGGCUGAGCAACAUAAGAAAGCUGGUGGGACAAUUUUAGAUGAUGUAGCAGAAGGAUUGCCUUUUGUUAACUUAAGGGCCAAUGCCAAUGAUAAGCUUGAUCUGUCAGGAGACAAGAUGAGGGUGCAGAAAUAUGUUUCAGCAGUGCCUAUAAAUAAUGCAGAAGGGAUUGUGAUGCCCAGAAAAUCCACUGCUAAUUCUGGCUCCCCAAGGGUUAAGAGGACAAGUAUGUACUCUCAUGGCCAAGUCAAGCAAGGUGUACCUAACCGAGGAAGUCCAGGAGAUGGUGUCUCUCCUUCUGAUCGAUGGACAGGAGAACAAGGUAAACGGAAGAAUGGGUCUACCAAAUACACACGAGCCUUGUCUGAGAAGGAAAACCAUGAAAUGGGAGUUUCUCCAACGGAAGUUUCCACCAAAAAGCAAUUCGGGGCGCAGGAGAAUCUUUGUGUUGGUAACAACACAUUCCAAGCGCAUAAAAAAUUUCCCUUGGUUGCACGGGGAAAAAUCUCUCAAAAGAUAUCUCCAGAAGCAGAUGGCUGUGGGGUUUUGUCCAAUGAAGUCAUAGCCAGUGACAUGAAUGGAGCAGCAGAUGUGUUUGGGACUGGGCUGAAAAAUGAAGUUGGUGAAUACAAUUGCUUUUUGAAUGUAAUCAUACAGUCUUUGUGGCAUUUAAGACGAUUCCGAGAUGAAUUCUUGAGGGGAUCAACAUCAGUUCAUGUUCAUGUUGGAGAUCCUUGUGUUGUCUGUGCGCUGUAUGAUAUUUUUACUGCCUUGAGCAUGGCAUCUUCGGAUAUGAGAAGGGAAGCUGUUGCUCCAACUUGUUUAAGGAUUGCUUUAAGCAACUUGUAUCCUGAUAGCAACUUCUUCCAAGAGGCACAAAUGAAUGAUGCUUCUGAAGUAUUGGCUGUAAUCUUUGAUUGCCUUCAUCAGUCAUUUACUUCUAAUUCAGGAGUUUCUGAUUCGGAUUCAGAAGAAAGCAAUUGCCUGGGCUCUUGGGAUUGUAGUAGCAGCGCUUGUAUAGCGCAUAGUCUCUUUGGAAUGAAUAUAUUUGAACGAAUGAAUUGCUACAGUUGCGGUGUGGAAUCCAGACAUCUAAAAUAUACCUCAUUUUUUCAUAAUAUUAAUGCCAGUGCACUCCGAACAAUGAAGAUGAUGUGUUCAGAUAGCUCCUUUGAUGAGCUUUUGAAGCUUGUAGAGAUGCAUCACCAGCUAGCUUGUGACCCAGAGGUAGGAGGCUGUGGAAAACUCAACUACAUCCAUCAUAUUCUUUCAAGUGCUCCUCAUGUGUUCACAACAGUUCUGGGUUGGCAGAAUACUUGCGAGAGUGCAGAUGACAUAUCUGCAACAUUAGCAGCCCUUACCAAUGAGCUAGAUAUUGGCAUCUUAUAUCGUGGUUUGGAUCCAGGGAACAGACAUUGCUUGGUUUCAGUGGUUUGCUAUUAUGGGCAACAUUAUCACUGCUUUGCCUACAGUUAUGAGCAUGAAAGAUGGAUUAUGUAUGACGACAAAACUGUAAAGGUUAUUGGUGGCUGGGAUGAUGUUCUUACCGUGUGCGAAAGAGGGCACUUGCAACCUCAAGUUCUUUUCUUUGAAGCUGUAGAUUAGCUUCUUAUUUGGAGAUUCUCUCAGUAUACUCCCUGAAGGAUGAAGGGUGGUGCUUCAAGUCUAGUAAGGCUUGGCAGUCAUGCUGUGUCUAUAAUGGCACAUAAACGUCAUAAUUGAUCCCGCAAUUCAGGAAGCUCUGGGAUUAGAAUUAUUAUUUGUAAAGCAAUUGAAGUUUCGAAGAUGGCACAAGAUUUUGUUAGGAUGACUUGCCCUGUUGGAGAAAUACUAUAUAUUUAAAGAGGUUUUGAUUCAAAAAUGAGGAAAGCAGAUCAAAGGACGGCAGUAAACUCAAUUCCAAUUGGAAAGCUGAGUAUGUGGACAUUGGAUUUUUCUGGGUUUUUUUAUUUUUCAAUAAGGUUGGCUUGAUCGCGGAAUGACCAGUAGCAAGUGUUGCAGUUGAAGGAUGCAAUGGAGGAGUUCAUGGAGCUAACUUCUUUGUUGCAAUGAUAAAGUGACUGCUCGAUAGUUGGAAGCAUACAUCAUAGUUUUACACAGAGAGAAGACCAGUUCUGAUGUUAUUUUUCUGUUGCAAGUUGAAAAGAAGUUGUGCAUAGAAAAUAUGACGGCCCACUUGGGUCCCAGUCUGUAGACUGAUAGUUUACAGUGAUUACAUGCGUUUAAUGAAAGAAAAAGAAAACAUUCUGUGUU